AUGAAUACUAUUGGCCAACAUAAGGAACAAUUUUUAUCAUUGUUAGAAGCCCAUAAUACUGUUGAGCUUUCCAGAUUCUUUGAUUCACCACCAAUCUUAGUCGUUGGUGAAUUUGCCAGUGAAAACCAAGAAGACUCCAAAGUACCAGAAAUUCAAACCAAUGAAUUGGCAACUAUUGUUUUGCAAUUAAAGGCAAUGGGUAUCAAUGAUAUUACAAGCGACAUUGACUUAAUUACACCUCCAUCAAAAGAAUCUGUUGAAAAAGCAUUAAGGGACUUGGUAGGCUUCCAAGCAAUCAACUCUCUUGAAGACCCAUCACUUACACCAAUUGGUAAAGCAAUGGCUGGUUUCCCACUCGAUCAAUGCUACUCAAGAAUGAUCGUUCAAGCAGAGCAAUUGGGUUGUACUGAUGAUAUUCUAACUAUUAUCUCAACUGCUGAUCAAGAGUUGUUCACAUCCCCCAUUAAUGCAGAGUUUAUAGUUAAAGAUAGUGACCAUUUAACACUACUUAAUGUUUACAACUCAUUUGCAGCAAACCAAUUUUCAAGCGAAUGGUGUGAUAAACAUCAAAUUAACUUCAAAUCAAUGGAACGUUGCAAGAAAAUUAGAGAACAACUAUUAACUUUAAUGAAUAAGUAUUCAAUUAAAUUAGUUUCCUCAUUACCCAAUGGAGUUGAUAAUAUUAAAAAAUCAAUUCAAUCCGGUCUCCAUAUGAAUGUAGCCCAGUUACAAUCAGAUGGCUCUUAUCAAACCAUAGCUAAAGAUAAAUCUUUAUUUUUACACCCAAGCUCAGUAUUAGCAUCAUUAGAGUCUCCACCACAGUGCGUAGUCUUUACAACCAUUUCAGCAGACCCAGCAACAGAACCAAAUAAACAAUUUAUGAAACUAAAUACAGUUGUUGAUUCAAAUUGUUUAUAAACAAUUAAAAUCGAUAUACAAAAAAGCAAUAGAAAUAAUAUAAAUAAAUAAUAACCUGCUUAAUAAUAGCAAUAUCUCUAAUAAUUAUUAAUUUAAAAAGAUAAAAAAAUAAAAAAUAAAAAAAUAAAAAAUAAACCUUUAUUUCC